AUGCCUCGUCACUGCAUUGUCCUCAGAGUCGCUGAGGAGGUACUGGCCAUUCACCAAGAGAUUCACCUCCUGAAGACCCCAGAACACAUGGAGAGAGCUGUGGAUGAAGCUUUGCAGAGUAAGAAUGGACAUUUGGACCUUUUCUUGCGUUUUCUUCUGGGUCUUUCAUUGGAGUCCAAUCAGACUCUCUUACGAGAACUAGUGACACAGACAGGAAGCUGCUCCUACAACAAAGAGGAAACAGUUGAGUUCAUCAAACAGAAGAUCAGGGAGAAUCACUCUUCAGAGAGAUCCAUCAAUCUCUUCCACUGUCUGAAUGAACUGGGAGAUGAUUCACUGAUGCAGGAGAUCCAGGAUUAUCUGAGAUCUGGACAAAUAGGAGAAACCAAACUCUCCUCUUCACAGUGGUCAGCUCUGGUUUAUGUGCUGCUGACAUCAGAGCAGAAGAUGGAUGAGUUUAAUCUAAAACAGUUUAUUGGAGCCCAAAAUACAGCAGAUGAAGUUCUUCAGAAGCUGCUGCCUCUGAUUAAAGAAUCCAGAUCAGUUCAGUUGAGUUAUUGUGGAGUCACAGAUGA